UAUCCUCACGCGAUGAACAGUCGAUGGCGCCUCUCUCUUCCCGUUGCUCCUACUGCAGUCCUACUCCUAACCCCCCACGCUCCUCCCUCCCCCUUUUCCCUCCCUCAGUCGCGCACCACUCCCGUCCGACGACGUCGUCGCUGUUCACGGUGACUUCGUUCUCUCUCACGUCGCUGGUUACGGAACUCUGUUUAUUUAAAUGUGACAUUUAAAUGGAUAUUUAUCCCAGUGUAUUUGACGAUAGAAAGAUGCCAGAACUCUCGAGCACCGCUGCUGAGAACAUUUUGAAUAGCUUGGUAGAAACUAUUGCUGAGAAUAUUCCUAAGCAAAAAUCUGUAAGGUUUUUUGAGGAAGAUACUUCUAUAAAAUCUCAGUUUAAUAGGCUCUUUGGACGUGAGAAGCCAAUCCAUCAUCUCUUGGGCGGUGGGAAGUCUGCGGAUGUAUUACUGUGGAGGAACAAGAAAAUCUCUGGUGGAGUUCUGGCUAGUGCUACAGCUAUUUGGGUCCUAUUUGAAUGGCUUAACUAUCACUUGUUAUCUCUCAUUUGCUUUGCACUGUUCAUUGGUAUGUGCAUUGUGUUUCUGUGGUCCAACGCUUCUGCGCUAGUUAACAGGUCUCAAGCUCAAGUCCCUCGUGUUGUUUGUCCUGAGGAGCUGUUUGUUAACAUAGCUAUUUCUUUUGGAGCUCAACUCAACCUGUUCCUGGGGUUUCUUCAAGAUGUUGCAUCUGGAAGAAACUUGAAGCAAUUUCUUUUAGUUGCUGCAGGCUUAUGGGCUGCUGCUAUUAUUGGUAGCUGGUGCAAUUUUCUUACUGUAAUAUACUUAGUGAAAACAUCAAAGCUGCACUUAGGACAAGUCUAGUGCUUAAGUUUCAUGGUAGCUGCAUAAAUGCAAAGUGUGGAGGCUCCUUUUUUAACAGGUGCACAAUAAGUAGGAUUUUCUUUGUUCAUGUUAUCUUUUUCUAGUUCCUUUUCAAUUUUUAUUUUUGAAGCUCCUUUUGAGUGCUGACUAGGAUUUUGAGCCAGGUUAACUAAGCAAUGACUUUCAUUUUGACUACUUAGACUCUAAAGGAAGUAGUAGAGAAUGACUUUCUCCAACAAUUUGAAUGUUUAUUGGUUGUUGACAAACGGUAGGUGUUUUUUCUGAAAGUUCCUUUGUGCUUAUUAUUACUGCCCUUAAUUGUGGUAAUGGGUACUGUAAAUAUUACGGAUUUGUCGAUUGUUAUGGAGUCAAUUACAUUUUUUUUCAUACUAACCUGAGAGUGCUACAGUGAAGAUUAAGAUUACUUUUUUUUUUACUUCAUGAUGAUUCACUUCUUUUUCUUUUUUCCUAUGUCACACGGGUACGAUAAGGGUAUGGGUACGGGUACGCGGACACGGCAAUUCUCAAAAUUUUAGGAUACGCAGACAUGAUGAAUUUUAUAUUCUAAAAAAUUAAAAAGGAUAAUAAAAUAAAAAAAACAUUAAAUUAAGUCUCAGACUCUCAAACAAAACAUUGUUCAUCACCAAUCUCAUAAGUCAUAAGAAAGAAAGUCUCAAACAAAGAAUGUCAGGUUAGUAAAGUGGUUUGGAUCGGGUCUGACCCAGACCCGAUCCAAAACGUAUCUUGCUGUGUCCAAGUGUCGGUAUCCAGGUGUCGGAGUGUCGACACUGGUACGCGGCCCAUUUUGCCGUGUCCAUGUGACAGCUUUUUUCUAGUCCUUUUUGGUUUUCACCAAAGUUGUGAUAUUGGGAAAUGGAAGUGGUGCGGAGGGAAAACCAGAAAUCAACUAGGAGUAAAAAACAAGUCAAGAAUUGAACAGGAAGAAAUCUAUAAAACGAGUGGAAAAUGAAAUUAGAAAAGGAAAAAACAAUAAAAGCAAGAAAAGUAAGCUUCCUCUCCACCAGAAAGCAUGGGGGGAAGUGAGGAUGGAACCCAGUGGCAUAGCCACAUUGCCAGGUGACGUGCCCAAACCCCCCUGAUCCACUGGAAAAUACAUUGAAGGGCUGGGUCCACGUAACAGGAACCCACCUAGACCUGGCGUCCUAGCUUCUUUCCCCCCUCCCACCCAAAACAGAUUUCUAGCUACAAGUUUUUAUUAUGGGGAAAGGAAAGAACUAAGCACCUACCUUCUUUCCCCACUCCCACCCAAAACAGAUUUCUAGCUACAAAUAAGUUUCUAUUAUGGGGGAAAGGAAAGAACUAAGCACCUACCUGCCAUGCUUCAAAGCAUUGUCUUUUGUGCUUCUGGAACAUGUUUUCCUGACAAGCCUGUUUCCCUACCUAUGCAUUUUUUGGUAACUAUGAUUUUCAUUCAUCUGAAAGUACAUUAAAGCUUAUUAAAGCAUCAUGAAUCUCAGCCCAUUUAUGGUAGUUCUGCUCUCUACUGUAGUUCUCACCUUGAA